AUUGCCCAUUUGCCCCCAUCGCUAUCCCCUUCUCCCUGCAACCUGCAUCCAUCCCCUAUCGCCUCCCUUCCCCUAAACCCACGCCACCUUCCACGACGACGGCGCGAGCGGCCAUGAAGGUGGUGCGGGACCUCGACCUGGAGCGCUACAUGGGCCGCUGGUACGAGAUCGCGUGCUUCCCCUCCAGGUUCCAGCCCAAGAACGGCGCCAACACGCGCGCCACCUACACGCUCGACCCGGCCGCCGCCGGCACCGUCAAGGUCCUCAACGAGACGUGGACCGACGGCCGCCACGGAUACAUCGAGGGCACCGCCUACCGCGCCGACCCCGCCAGCGACGAGGCCAAGCUCAAGGUCAAGUUCUACGUGCCCCCUUUUCUCCCCGUCUUCCCCGUCGUCGGCGACUACUGGGUGCUCCACGUCGACGACGCCUACCAGUACGCGCUCGUCGGGCAGCCCUCCAGGAACUACCUCUGGAUCUUGUGCAGGCAGCCGCAGAUGGACGAGGGCGUGUACAACGACCUGGUGGAGAGGGCCAAGGAGGAAGGCUAUGACGUCAGCAAGCUCCGCAAGACGGCGCACCCGGACCCGCCGCCGGAGAGCCAGGAUGCCCCCAAGGACGGCGGGAUGUGGUGGAUCAAGUCCCUCUUUGGCAAGUAGUAGGUGUGAUGCCAACCAGGCACGAAAAACGCCGCCCGUGGAGAAAAACAGCACCUUGGUGUCACCAUUUGCCAUGUACAGUUGGAUGUAGUAGCAUGUUCGUCGAAUGUGAAAAUGUUUAAGCGCUGUGUUUGCUCGGCCGUUUUUUGUUGCUUUUGUUAACUGUAGAACUCUUUGCAUAAGAGUUUGUAGGCGUGUACUACACAAUAAGACUGUUGAUAAGUGGUUCACUUGUUUUUCCAA